AUGUCCAUGGAUGCAACAUUUGAGCGGUUGCAGGCCGAGGGCGCAACCGAGUUUGCCGCGAAAAGACGCGCGGAGACUUUGUGGGCGAAUAAAAAGUUUUCGUGGGCGGGACUUGUAAGCGCAUGCGUAGAUCCGCUGCCGAAGAGAUGCUUCUACGACGACAGCGGAUGGCCAAGCAGCGAGCACCGCAGUAGUCGCCGCGAACGCACCGUCCCAUGCGGUCGCAUCCGGUAUGCAUCCCAGCGUAGCUCCGUAGACUUAUCG